AUGUUUCAGGGAAUCAAGAGCAUUACGAAGAGUUUUGAGGCCGAAAUAGUGGAAAAUGAGCGGAAGCGGAAGUCGAGCGCGAAAGAAGUCGAAAGCCGGAAGCAAAAGAAGCAAAUCCUCCCCCUUCUGAAGAGUCAUGAGGAUCCUAAUGAGCAUAUCGCCAAGUUUUUGGGUGUUCUAAACACAUUCAAGCUCCAUGGGAUAACGGCGGACCAAAUUAAACUUCGGAUGUUUCCUUUUUCCUUGAGGGACAAGGCUAGCAUUUGGUUGCAUUCUCUACCUAAUGAGUCCAUUCACAAUUGGAGGGAGUUGGCUCAAGCCUUCCUUAACAAAUAUUUCCCUCAUGGCAAGACUACAAAGUUGACUAAAGACAUACUUGAGUUUGUCCAAUUUGAAGGAGAAUCACUUCAUGAGGCAUGGGAGCGGUUCAAGGAUUUACAACGAAGUGUACCCCAUCAUCGGCUCAAUAGAGAGCAUGUUAUACAAAUCUUCUAUGAUGGGACGAAUGUCACUACCCGAGCUACUAUCGAUGCGGCUUCGGGGGGUUCACUUAUGCAAAAGACCUAUGAGGAAGCCCUUGAAUUGGUGGAGAAAUUGGCCGUGGUUAGUAGUACUUGGGGUCCUAUGGAGAGAAGAGCACCACCUACUCAAAAGUCACUCAUGACUCUUGAUCAAGUAAGGGAGAUGGAAUCCAUAAAAGCCGCAAAUGCUUCGCUUCAAGCUCAAGUGGAUGCUCUCAAGAAGCAAGUCGCUCCUAUGCAAAGAAACGCUCCGGUGGCUUAUGUUCAAGUAGGUUGGCAAGGCAAUGCUCAAGGGCCUAAUCAUGCGGGUCCAAGCUUCCAAGGUGGAAAUAGACCUCCCCAACAACAAGGAAAUUACCAUCACAAUCAAGGUCAUGGCAACAAUGCGGGUGCUAGACCUCAACAUCCUCCCGGGUUUCAACCUCAAAGAAACAUGGAUGAAGGGAAUAUGCUUGUUAAGUUGAUGGAUGAGCUUAGAGAGAUGAAGCAACUUCAAAAGAAUCAAGCCGCCACUAAUCAAAUGAUUGAGACUCAAAUAUCUCAACUUGCUAUCAAUCUUCAAGGUAGACCACAAGGGGGAUUGCCAUCUACUACGGAGAACAACCCUAGAGAACAUGUUAAGGCGGUAGAGCUCCGAAGCGGGAGAACUCUUGAGAAAGCCAACGGAAAGAGGCAAGUUGUUGAGAAGGAUGAGCCUCAAGUGGUAAUUGACAUAGCAAGUUCAAGUCAAGAGUUGCCAAAGGAAUGUGAGGAAGUGAUUGUCGAGGUUGAAGAGCCCUAUGUGAAGCCGCCACCACCUCCACCGUUUGUACCACCGGUUCCAUUCCCAAGCCGGUUGAGGAAAGCUCAAGGGAACGAAAAAUUUCACAAGUUCCUUGAGAUUUUCAAGAAAUUGCAAAUCAAUCUAAGCUUGGCGGAUGCACUUCGGGAGAUGCCCCAAUAUGCAAAAUUCUUGAAAGACAUAAUUAUGAACAAGCGUAGUUGGGAGCAAGGUGGGACAAUACCGCUCACGGAGCAUUGUAGUUCAAUAAUCCAAAGCAAUUUACCGACAAAGCUUAAAGAUCCAGGGAGUUUUUCUAUACCUUGCACCAUAGGAAAUAUGAAUGCUAUAAAUUGUUUGUGUGAUCUUGGGGCAAGUAUUAACUUGAUGCCAUUGUUUCUUUUUAGGUCUUUAUUUGGUGAUCAACCGGUAAAGCGCACCUCGAUGGUAUUGCAACUUGCCGAUCACUCUCUCAAAAAGCCGUAUGGGAUAGUAGAAGACGUACUCGUUAAAGUGGAUAAAUUCAUCUUUCCGGUGGAUUUUGUGAUCUUAGACUAUGCGGUGGAUAAAGAAUGUCCUAUGAUUCUCGGUCGCCCUUUUAUGAACACCGGGCGUGCUCUCAUCGAUGUUCACGCCGGCAAGCUCACCUUGAGAAUUGAUGAGGAAAGUGUGGAGUUUGAUAUGAAGAGAGUGAUGCGGAAUGCCAUCGAGGAGGAAGAUUGCAUGAGAAUCGAUUUGGUUGAUGAACUUGUGAGGGAUACUCUUGAAGCGAGUAUGGAAGAGUUUAAUCAAGACGGAGUGACGAAAAAUCAACUUCUGGGUUCCCUACAUGAGUGUCUCGAUUCGAGACACCCAACUAAAGAGAGUGUCUCGAAUCGAGACACUAAGAAAAAGGGAGCAGAAGCUCCCUAUGGUCUUGUCUCGAUUCGAGACAGUCCCAUAAGUAGACUGUCUCGAAUCGAGACAAGAGCAACAGAAGGGGACCCAAAUUUUUCUGAAUGUUCGAAAGUCACCUUCCAUUCCGAUAGUCCGAGUGAGGAGUAUUCCGAGGAGGAUGAACCUAAGCCGGAGAAUUUGAACAAGAGUAGUGGUGUGACUCCACCAUCGUCCAAGGUGCCACCACAAGUUGAGUUGAAGCCACUUCCAUCUCAUCUCCGGUAUACCUUUGUUGGGGAGAAUGAGACUUUGCCAAUAAUCAUCUCGAACAAGCUUUCUAAGGAACAAGAGAGGAGGGUGGUACAAGUGGUGAAGGAGCAUGUUUUAGCAAUAGGGUGGCAAAUCUCCGACAUACGUGGAAUAAGUCCUCAAAUUGUGAUGCAUAAGAUCAAUCUCGAAGAUGAGUCAAAGAAGUCGGCUCAAAGGCAACGAAGAUUGAAUCCGAAUAUGAAGGAGGUAGUGCACAAAGAAAUUGUUAAGCUCCUCGACGCCGGAAUAAUCUACCCUAUUUCGGAUAGUGAGUGGGUAAGCCCAAUUCAAUGUGUCCCUAAGAAGGGCGGUAUGACAAUGGUGGAGAAUGAAAAAGGAGAACAAAUAUCCACAAGGACGGUAACCGGUUGGCGAGUAUGCAUUGAUUAUCGGAAGCUCAACGAGGUAACCCGAAAGGAUCACUUUCCGCUACCAUUUAUCGAUCAAAUGUUAGAAAGGGUAGCGGGGCACAAAUUUUACUGCUUCCUUGAUGGGUACUCCGGUUACAAUCAAAUAUUAAUUCUCCCGGAAGAUCAAGAGAAGACGACCUUCACAUGCCCCUACGGUACCUUUGCAUAUCGGCGAAUGCCCUUCGGACUAUGCAACGCACCCGCCACAUUUCAAAGAUGUAUGACCUCAAUCUUUAACGACAUGAUUGAGGAUAUUAUGGAGGUGUUCAUGGACGAUUUCUCCGUGUUUGGCGAUUCAUUCGAUGGUUGUUUAGCGAACUUAAGGCGGGUUUUAGCAAGAUGUGUUGAGACAAACUUGGUGCUAAAUUGGGAAAAGUGCCACUUUAUGGUGGAUGAAGGCAUUGUACUCGGGCAUAGGAUAUCGGAAGCGGGAAUUGAAGUGGAUAGGGCAAAAACAGAAGUUAUUGAAAAAUUAGUCGCUCCGGCUACGGUCAAAGGAGUUCGGGCAUUUCUAGGCCAUGCGGGCUUCUACCGGCGAUUCAUUAAGGACUUUUCAUCUAUUGCACGGCCCUUGACGAGAUUGCUAGUUAAAGAUGUGCCGUUUGAAUUCACCGAGGAAUGUCAAGGUGCUUUUGAGAGGCUUAAGGAGGCACUUGUGACCGCGCCAAUUAUAUCGUCUCCGGAUUGGAGCUUGCCCUUUGAGCUCAUGUGUGAUGCGAGUGACCAAGCUUUAGGGUGUGUUUUGGGUCAGAGGAAGGAUAAGAAGGUCCACGUGAUUUACUACGCAAGCCGGACCAUGGCGGGAGCUCAACUCAAUUACACCACCACCGAAAAAGAGAUGUUGGCGGUGGUAUUUGCUUUAGACAAGUUUCGGCAAUAUUUGCUCGGAUCAAAGGCCAUCAUUUAUACCGAUCAUGCCGCCUUGAGAUAUCUUUUUGCUAAGCAAGACGCAAAACCAUGGCUUAUUCGAUGGAUCCUUUUAAUGCAAGAGUUUGAUGUAGAAAUCCGAGACAAAAAAGGAACGGAGAACGUUGUGGCGGAUCACCUAUCACGAUUAGAAGUUCCGGAACCUAUUCCAAUUGGUGUUGAUAUUAAUGAACGGUUCCCGGAUGAAAUGUUGAUGGUAAUCUCGGAAGUGGAGACACCUUGGUAUGCGGAUAUAGCUAAUUACUUGUCUUCAAAUGUCAUGCCACCGGAUCUAUCGCACCAUCAAAAGAAGAAAUUUUUGAGUGAUGUGAAACGUUUUUUGUGGGAUGAGCCGUACCUUUUCAAGAUAUGUGGUGAUGGGAUGAUUCGGAGGUGUGUAUCUUUAAAGGAAGUGAUGCCAAUUUUGAGCCAUUGUCAUGAGGCGGAUUACGCCGGGCAUUAUGGGGCAUCAAGAACCGCGGCUAGAGUGCUAGAAAGUGGGUUCUUUUGGCCUACCCUAUUUCGCGAUGCCAAGGAGUUUGUGGGGCAUUGUGAUCGUUGUCAACGAGUAGGGAACAUUUCCAAACGAGAUGAGAUGCCAUUGACCUCAAUCCAAGAGGUGGAGAUCUUUGAUGUGUGGGGCAUAGAUUUCAUGGGGCCAUUUCCGAUGUCUCAUGGAAAUCUUUUUAUCUUGGUUUGUGUGGAUUACGUCUCGAAAUGGGUAGAAGCGGAGGCUUUACCUACAAACGAUGCCAAGGUAGUGGUGAAGUUUCUCAAGCGUCUAAUUAACCGAUUUGGGACUCCAAGGGUUAUCAUUAGUGAUGGGGGGUCGCAUUUUUGCAACCGGCAAUUUGAGGUUUUGAUGAAAAAGUACAAUGUGUACCACCGAGUUGCUACUCCCUAUCACCCCCAAACGAGUGGUCAAGUGGAAGUUUCGAAUCGGGAGUUGAAGAGGAUUUUAGAGAAAACAGUAAAUGGGACAAGAAAGGAUUGGUCCCUCAAGUUGGAUGACGCUUUAUGGGCUUACCGCACGGCAUUUAAGACACCUCUCGGUAUGUCGCCGUAUCGGAUUGUGUAUGGUAAGGGGUGUCACUUGCCGGUUGAAUUAGAACACAAAGCCUAUUGGGCAAUUAAAAAGUUGAACUAUGACUUCAAGGCGGCCGGUGAGAAGCGGUUGAUGCAACUUAAUGAGUUAGAUGAAUUCCGACUUGAUGCUUAUGAGAAUGCCAAACUUUAUAAAGAAAGAACGAAGAAAUGGCAUGAUGCUCACAUCUCACCCAAGUCAUUUGAAGUUGGAGCUUUUGUGUUGCUCUAUAAUUCAAGGUUGCGGUUGUUUCCGGGAAAAUUAAAAUCUCGGUGGAGUGGUCCGUAUAAGAUCCGGCACGUGGCGGUUCAUGGAGCAAUAGAAUUAGAAAAUCAAAAGGGCGAGACGUUCAAGGUCAACGGAAACCGUUGCAAGCCCUACUUGGGACCUUUGACGGGUCAAAUAGAUGACAAGAUCUAUCUUGCUCCCCCUUCAAAGAGUUCGGUGAAGCAUUUCGUCGGAAAAAAUCAAGGUUCCCCAAGAAAGGAAAAACAGAAUAAUCUGUUUUCCCUUGUCUCGAAUCGAGACAAGCCUCUUAGGAAGUUGUCUCGAUUCGAGACAAGAGAAGCAGAUUAUUCUGCUUCUCAGCUCUUGGUGUCUCGAAUCGAGACACCUGAUUAA